AUGGCACUUAAACAUACGCCUAUCCAGUCUUUUGUAGAGUCUUCGUUCUUUACGAACCUCUCUGACCGGAAACUCAACGAGUACAAGCUUGACCUGGGCCUGCGUCCUAUUCAUGGCUUCAUGACGCUGCCACUCCACCUUAACAAGUUCAACGAUACGCCUAUUAUCAACUUGGACCACUCGAGCUUUGAGGAGUACGAGGAGGAUGCUACUACGGUUGGGGUGCCGGGGGAAUUGCUUAAUGUGAAUACCAUCGAGGAGUUUAAGCUGUUUGAUAAGUUGGGCAGUCUUAAAAUGUGGGGUGAGGCAUUGAAGAAGGAGAUGGAGACUGGCGACGCUGGCGACGCUGGCUUCACCGAGAAAUUCUACUUGUUGGCGUUUGCAGACUUGAAAAAGUAUAAGUACUACUAUUGGCUUGCGUUCCCGUUGCUUCACUCGCCGUGGCUGUUGGACGAGCAGAGUAAUAACAACGAGUAUGAGCUUCAGAUCGAAGAGUACCUUAAGAGGAAGCCACAUGCGGCUUUUCUUCUGGUUAAGGGUGACGAGAUAGUGCCGUUGGACGCUUCUGGCGACAAUUCGACGUUCGUGUAUGUGGACUCGUGCCUUAACAGGGAUAACUGGCCGCUGGUCCAGCUCAGAAACUGGCUCUACUUCGUUGCCAUUAAGGGCCACAAGAAGAUCAAGCUUUUGGUUUACAGGAAUAAUGGCCUGUCUCAAACACUCAAGUUGUCUUUGGACUCGGGAUUUGACCCGGCUGAACCGCCAAAGGUGACUGGAUGGGAAAGAACCGUCCAGGGUAAGCUUGGGCCGAAGUUGGCUGAUCUAGGCUCGCUUAUCAACCCUCAACAGCUUGCAGAGCAGGCCGUAGACUUGAAUUUGCGUCUUAUGAAGUGGAGAGUAGCUCCUGAGCUAGAUCUUGAUAUCUUGAAGGACCAGAAAGUGCUUCUUUUGGGUGCUGGUACACUCGGAAGCUAUGUUGCAAGAGCGCUUCUCGGCUGGGGAAUCAGAGAAAUUACUUUUGUGGAUAACGGACGGGUUUCGUACUCCAAUCCAGUGAGACAACCGCUUUUUGGGUUUAAAGAUUGUUUUAGUGAUACCAACAGACAAGGUGCCCCAAAGGCUGAACGGGCCAGCACUGCUCUCAAGGAAAUUUUCCCUUCAGUGACGUCCAGAGGCUAUAACAUGACGGUUCCGAUGAUUGGUCAUCCUGUUGCAGAAGGAUCCAACAUGGAGGAGAACUACGAUAAACUAGUGGACUUGUUCAAGGACCAUGAUGUGAUUUUCUUGCUUAUGGACUCAAGAGAAUCCCGAUGGCUUCCUACUGUGAUGGGAUUGGCUCAUAAUAAGAUUGUGAUCAAUGCAGCCCUUGGAUUCGACUCUUACCUUGUGAUGAGACACGGUUCCUUGGAUAUGGAGAACCGUCUAGGCUGCUACUACUGUAACGAUGUUGUUGCGCCUAGCGAUUCCCUUCUGGACCGUACGCUCGACCAGAUGUGCACAGUUACACGUCCUGGUGGCGCCCUAAUGGCUUCAUCUACAGCAGUGGAGCUUCUAGUAUCCAUAUUACAGCAUCCAGAGAAGGAACGUGCACCUCCCGGUACCGACGACGGCACGAAGUUUGGCCAAGUCCCACACCAAAUCCGUGGAUAUCUCAACACCUUCCAGCAGAACAAGCUCUGGGCGCCAGCCUAUAGCUGUUGCAGUGCCUGUUCUCCAGCUGUGGUCGAAGGCUACAAGAAGGAAAAAUGGCAGUUUGUCAAGCGCUGCUUAAACAACAAAGGAUACUUGGAAGAAGUCAGUGGACUUGCCCAAGUACAAGCCGAAGCAGAGAAGGCACUAGAAGAUCUCGAUUUGGAUGCCGAUUUUGAUGACGACGACUUUUAA